AUGUUUGCCAAGUCGAAAAGCAGUGGCUCGGCACCGAGCAUUCUAUUGCCGAACGCUCUGCAAAAUUUGUACGAAGUUGGCAAACAAUCGGCCACCGCGGGUCCCGAGAACGCUUGGCGCAUAUACGACGGCUACACGAAAACCGAUCGAAAGGAAGUCUCGAUAUUUUUCUUCGACAAGAGAUCAGUGGACAAGCUGCACAAGCCAAAACGCAAGGAGACCGUGACAGAGAUUUUACGCACCGGGGCGCGACAAAUGGAACGAUUCUCUCAUCCGAAGAUACUGCAAGCAUACAAGGUCGAGGAGUGCGCUGAUAGUUUGGCAUUCGCGUCGGAGCCGGUUCUCGCCAGUCUUGCAAACGUUCUGGCGUAUCAGGAACAACGUGCGAACAACAGUGGCCAAUCGUCGAGCAACGCAACGAAACAAACGUCCUCGGUCGCCGGUCAUCGUGCCACGUACACGAAAGAGUACGAAUUGCUCGACAUCGAGAUCAAAUACGGACUGUUGCAGGUGAGCACAUCGAGUUCUCUUCCUUCACUUUCGUAUUUCACCUCUUCUCUUUCAUACCCCGCCUCUUUUCACCAGAUCACGGAGGCCCUGCUAUUUCUUCACGGCACCUGCAAAGUCCUCCACAGGAACGUUUGCCCAGCCAGCGUCAUAAUUACCAAGAGAGGCACUUGGAAAUUGUCGGGCCUCGAAUUUAUCGCUCCAGAAGUGCAACAAAAGAAAAUGGGAGGCUUCUACAGUGAUAUGUACAGCUUUGGUAUGACGAUAUGCGCGAUUUUCAAUCAAGGACGACCGUUAAUCCAAGCGAAUCAUAGUUGCUCCGAGUAUCUGAAACAGCUGGAAAACCACAAGGAGCAAGUCGAAAUGAUACUACAUCUAAUCCCUCUUCCACUUCGUGAGGCCGUUUCCCGAUUGUUGCACGUCGAUCCAGAAAAGAGGCCAACCAUUCAAGUUCUAUCCAUGAUCAAAUAUUUCCAAGAUCCACCGGUGUACGCGCUUCAAUUUCUCGAUGUCAGCAAGAUGAAAGACGUAUUGCAGAAAGAGCACUUUUAUACGACUACACUGAAAGGAAUAUUGCCUUACAUACCAAGGAAACUUUGGUAUCAGCACAUCUGGACGUAUUUACAAGCUGAAUUGGAAAGUCAAGAAAUUCAAUCGGCUGUGUUACAACCAGUGUUUUACAUUGUACAAAACAGUACACAAGAAGAGUACGAUCAAAUUAUAUUUCCAUCGUUGCGGUUACUUUUUUCGAACCGGAAGUCGAUUCAGGGUACAGUGUCGCUUCUGGAGAACAUGCAUUUGAUAUUGAAGAAAACAUCCCGGGAAUAUAUCGAGAGCGAGAUACUUCCAAUGUUGUAUACGUCCUUUGAGAACUCGACUAUCCAAGUACAGACCGCAGCAUUCGUAGCUGUGUCGAACGUGACCGAACACAUAGACGACGAAUCCGUUCGGAAUAUCGUUCUGCCAAAACUUCUUCAAGCCUUUGAGAAGAAUUUGGUGGACUCCCGAAUACUCAUGAACGUGAUCCCUUGUAUUUUAAACCGGUUGGAGAAGCAGAAAAUCAUCGACUGCAUCUUACCGUUGUUGUUCAGUGUGAAACUUCAAGAACCGGAGAUAAUCGUUCGGGUUUACGGACUUUCCGUCAACUGGAUGGCGACUCGAGCGAUGCCCUCUUUGCUACCUCACACCAUCAACCCAGCGCUGAGUCUCGAACAGUUUGAAUUGCUUCUCAAAAUAUUGCAGGACAUGCUGAAUCAUAUCGAAAGAAAUCAGAGGAAUCAGUUGACCUUGGACAAUCUGUCAUUAUCGAGCCCGGAACGAUACCGAAAUUUACGACACCAACACAGUACGGAUAACAUGUACGUUGCACCUUUCAACAUUCCAAACUUGCGCAUCGAGCAACGCAAGACUUCUUCGGCCGAGGACAUGGCUCGGAAAAAUAGCACAACCAUGUUCAAAUGGUUCUCAUCUUCGAACAACGACAACAGUAAUUUCUUGAAAGUGGCGAAUACCUUCACGAGUAGACGGCUAUCGGACAACACCCUAAUGACACCGAAGAUACGAAUAGCACCGUCUUGCGACAGUUCUCCAGGUGUUACACCUGGCGAUGGAUUGCCCAUACGGCGCCACUCGAGCACCGGACCUCAGGAUCGACGAGGAUCCAAUAUAAAUUUAUCGCCUUUCUUGGGUACAGGAAUGCCAGUUACCAGCAGUAGCGUGCCAUACUUGGUUAGCUCGAGCAUGAAUAGCAUACGAGGCUCGAGGCGUCCAUCCGUCUCUUCAACGUCCUCCCAGCAAGGGACUGGAUUGCUGCAGCAGGUUGGCUCCAGCAUGUAUCAAUUCUUCAACAAACAGUUCGACGCCUAAACCGUUCGCGUAGAAUAUCUACGCGUAUCUACGGCGUAGCCAUUCUCGUGAAAUGCAACUGAUUUACUGUUCGCGACUCGCGCGACCUGACGAGAGGAUGCAAGAAAGGAAGAAAGCAACCUCGAAGAGAAUAAUCCUGCAAGGGUCUUGCGUCGAACGAGCAGGUGAGUUCUUUCAUUUGAAUUGGU